AUGGACCAGCUGCUGACGGCACAGUCGCUCACGUCGCUCGGCUACGUCGCCGCCAUGGCCACGGCGGCCACCGUCGUCGCCCAGCGCUACCUGCCCGCCUCGUCGUCGGCCAAGACGCGCUUCAUCUUCGUCUGGCUCGCCUUUGACGCCAUCUGCCACCUCACUCUCGAGGGCUCCUUCCUCUACCUCUCCCUCCAGGGCCGCAGCGUCAACACCGCCCAGGGCUUCUUCGCCCUCACCUGGCAGGAGUACGCAAAGGCAGACGCACGCUGGGGCAUCCCGGACGCCAACGUCGUCGCCAUCGAGUGGCUCACCGUCCUCGGCGCAGGACCAAUGGCCGCCUACAUCUGCUACCAGAUGGUCGUCGACGACCCCAGCUACCACUACUGGAUCGUCGUCCUCAGCACCGCAGAAAUCUACGGCGGUUUCAUGACCUUUGCGCCCGAGUGGCUCACCGGCUCAACCGCCCUCGACACGUCCAACUGGCUCUACACCUGGGUCUACCUCGCCUUUAUGAACCUCGUCUGGGUCUUUGUGCCCCUCUGGCUCCUCUACGACAGCUACCUCGUCGUCGCCAGCACGCUGAGGGCUGCCGGGAAGCGGCCUAUCGCCGAGGGCAACAAGAAGCAGCCAAGCCAGCCGACGCUCGCUGCCCGCCCCUCGAGGGUGCUCGGCUUCAGCGCCUACCUGGUCGCCUUCACCGUACUCUUCUUCUCGGUCAUUCCGUCGACCAAGGCCGCCGAGACCGCCGUCGAUGCCGCAGCCUCGUCUGCUGGCUCCGCCUCGGCCGCAACGGCGGACCACACCUCGACAUCCUUCUGGCGCGUCCUGGUCCCGAUCGGGCUCCCCCUGGCCCUACUGGCCAUCUCGCUGGCGGUCGGCGCGGUCCAGGUUGCCGAGUCGUCGAUUCGUGAGGUCAAGAGGAUCAACCCGAGCAGGCGGCGGAAGCUCCUCGCCGAACUCGGCAUCGAUGAGAAGAAGGAGAUGGCCGAGGGAAGGCCCCGACGCACCAUCCUCGGCCUCUUCCACCCUUACUGCAAUGCUGGAGGCGGUGGCGAGCGGGUCCUCUUUGAAGCCAUGGCGUACCACCAACGCGAGGAUCCGGACCUGGUGAUGGCGGUCUACACCGGCGACUUUCCCACGGCUUCCAAGGCCGAGAUCCUGAGCAAGGCCAAGCAGCGGUUCGGCAUCGACGUGGGCGAGCGCAACGUCGUCAUGGUGCCGCUUCGCAACCGCCACCUCGUCGAGGACGGCUACUGGCGGCGCCUCACGCUGCUCGGCCAGAGCUACGGGAGCGUCGUGAUGGCCUUCGAGGCGAUGGGCUCGCUGAUUCCCGAUGUCUUUGUCGACACGAUGGGAUACGCCUUCGCUUACCCCGUCGUCAGGGUGUUUACCAAGAAGGCGGCCAUCGGGGCCUACGUCCACUAUCCAACCAUCAGCACCGAUAUGCUGCGCCGGGUCGAGAAGCGCCAGGCCAGCCAUACGAACGAUGCCAGGACGGCACAGAGCCUCACCCGCAGUAAAGCCAAGCUCUACUACUACCGCGUUUUCGCCUGGCUCUACUCUUGGGCGCUCUGCCGGGCGGACCGGCUGGUGGCCAACGGCACAUGGACGCUGAACCACGUCAACACGUUGAUCGGCUCGUCGAAGGCGAAGGCGGCAAAGCGGGCCGAGAUCGUCUACCCGCCCUGCGACACGAGGAGCAUGAACUUGUUCUCGCUCGAAGGCAGAAAGCCCUGGAUCGUCAGCCUGGCGCAGUUUCGUCCGGAGAAGGAGCAUCCACAGCAGCUCCGCAUCCUGCGCGCCCUGGUCGACGCCCGACCGGACUUGUUCAAGGGCCCGGACCCGGUCCGGCUGGUGAUGAUGGGCUCGUCGCGCAAUGUCGAGGACGAGAAGCGGAUCGAUGCGCUCCGCAAGCUGGCCAAGCAGCUCGAGAUCGACGACCACGUCGAGCUGGUCGUCAAUGCACCCUGGCCGACGGUGCUGCAGAACCUCGAGCGUGCCAGCGUCGGGCUGAGUACGAUGGUCGACGAGCACUUUGGCAUCAACGUCGUCGAGUUCAUGGCGGCGGGAUUGAUCACCCUCUCUCACGCCUCGGCAGGCCCUCUGAUGGACAUCGCCGUCCCCGUCGAUAGUGAGAGGACAGGCUAUCAUGCGACGUCGAUCGAAUCCUUCGCAUCUGCGCUGUCGGACAUCUACGACCUGCCAUCCUCGGAAGCGCUGUCGAUCCGCAGACGUGCCAGAUGUCGCGCCGUGUCGACGUUUGGCGCCGAGGGCUUUUGCCGGAGCUGGAGGGACUUGCUGUGGCAUCCGCUGCUGGAGCGGCUGCGCGACGGUCGCGACAAAGGCAAGGCGGGCAAGGACCAGUAG